AAACACUGCCAGGGAAAGAAAACACUGCAAUAUGCAUUCCAAAUUAAAAUAAAAAGGUGGCACCGCACCUUCUCCAGAGUAAUCCAAGAAGAAGCAUUACAAAUUUGUUAUACAUUUAAAAGAAAAUGGAUGGUGCAAACUGUUACUUUUUCUUUUUAAUUAAAAUUUUAAUUAUCCAAACCCUCAAAGUUUUGGAAAGCUGCCUCUGAUGAGGCACCUCGGAUGUCGCGCGUCCCUUUGCAGCACCUGGAGUUAACCACAAAUUAAAUCAAUCAGACAAAACUCCACCACCGGGGCUAGAAAUGACAUUUAGCAGAUGGAAAGCCUGAGAAGCAAGGAGAGAUGGAACCCUAAGAACCACAGGGAAGCCCAGCAGAGGCUGCGGAUCUGCCCGCGGCAGCGGCGGAGCCGCUUUCCCCGCAGAGCCGAGCCUCUGGAGGCGCACAGGGGGGACGGACCCGGGUCACGGCAUCUCCCGUGGGUGUCCCCACACCCUGCACGUCUGAACGAGCCCCGCACACCGCCCGAGCCCGCCGGGACGAGGGAGAGGCGGGUGCCCCGCUCCGCUCCCGGGGCUCGCGUUCCGCUCAGGGCCGUGCCGGGUGCCGUGUUCCCGGUGUCCCGCACCCAUCCCGCCCGUGCUGGGGUGCCGUACUCCCGGUGUCCCGCACCGAUCUCGCCCGUGCCGGGCUCCCCGGGGCCCGGUACCUCGGAGCUGCGCCCCCCCGAUCACGCACUUCAUGGCCGCCCCCCCACUCCCCUCACGGCCGCGGAGGGCGGGAAACGCCCCGGGGCGGGGCGCGCGGAGCCCCGGAUGAGGAGUUUCUGUGGGAUUACUGCGGAAUUGUGGAAUUUCUGUGGAAUUGUGGAAUUACGGAAUUGGGGAUUGUCCCGAGUUACCCGCAGGGAUCUUCAACCCAACCCCCUGGCCCUGCACAGACAGCCCAACAAUCCCAGGCUGUUCCUGAGAGCUUCAUCCAAACACUCCUGGAGCUCUGGCAGCCUCAGGGCUGUGCCCAUUCCCUGGGGAGCCUGGGCAGUGCCCAGAACCUUCCCUGAGCUCCAACCUAAACCCCCUGACACAGCUCCAGCCAUUCCCUGGGUCCUGUCCCUGUCCCACAGCAGAGCUCGGAGCUGCCCUGGCAGCACCAGCUCAGGGACAGAGCCGGGAAACGCCCCCGACCCUAAAGAAGGGCCGAACAUGGCACUAAUUAUUAGCACGGGAAGCAAGAGAACCAUUACCUAUGGAAUACUAAUUAAUAAGACAACUAUGUAACUUAUAGCCAAUGAAUAACAAUUCUUUCGUUUCCUAAAAUGCGUAAAUAGUAAAAAGAAUUGAUACUUGGGGUGCCUGGUUUGUGGGAGACCACGGAGCACCCAGGCUUGCUCAACUCUGAAAUAAAUAAUCACACACUCUC